UGGCGACUUCUGCAAUGGAACCGAAAGAAAGUUCCAUUGCUUGUUGUAUCCCACCAAUAUUGGAUUGUUUGACGAUAUAAAAGCCAAAAAAGUACAAGAAGAAAGAUGCUCACAACUGAUGCAAUGGGGUUGCUUACUUAGCCAUCGAUUUUGCUGCUUCUGACCUGUUGGAAAUAUGUGAUCACAAUAAUUCUACAAAGAUGUGAAGUGGUUCCAAUUAAAGUUUUCGUUUCAAAAAUGUCUCUACACUGGAAAAUGCACACCAACUUUCCCUUUACAAGAGUUUUUGUUCUGGGAAUAAUUCUCUUCUUUCUGGGUCUAGCCAGCAUGAUCAUUUCCAUCAUAGCUUUUGUUACCCAAUCAUGGGGACAUUAUGUGGGAACUGGCAUGUGGGGCGGAGCAACAAUAUUGGCAUCUGGAUUGACAGCGGUGUUUGUAUCAAGGCUCAAAUCACUGGCCAGUGUCAAAACUUUCUGCACCUGCUCGUUAAUUGGUACUUUUACCUCUCUAACGAUGCUUAUACUGUCAGCUGGUGGUUUGACACUUAGUAGUGGAUUUUAUGGCCGUAUUGAUCCUUCAGAAUAUAACAAAAGAACUUCAAACCUAGUUCAUGCUUCACUGUUGGUGAUUUCAGUAUUCUGUUUAUCUGGUAAUGUAUUGGCCCUAAUUGUGUGUUGCAAAUAUAUAUUCUUUGAGCACCAUGAUAAGCCUAAGCACAGGCGCCACCAUAGGAAUAUGUCUGAAGGUUCAUUCAGAACAAGUAACUCACUCCGCGGUGGUGCGCCAAACACUAGUAGUUUGAGAUCAGGCACCAGCCGCUCACUACUUCAAAAUGAAGCUGUAUCUAGAAGACAUUCAGAUAAUGCAGAUGUAAAUCGCGUUCAGAUAGAAUAUCGUAGAUCCCAUCGUCGCACUGCUUCAGAUCAACUCCAUUCAAAUAAUCGCAGGCAUAGAUACAGUCAUGAAUUAAGUAGUAAUAAUAAUAAUAAUAUACUGUCUGUUGGUGGAGUGAAGUUCUACCCAGACAGAAGAAUAACAAGUAACAGAAACUCCAGUCAAGCAAGAGAAGUUAGACCUGAUAACAAAGAGGUUGACAGGCUCAACAUUAUCCCACUGCGACAGGGGUCUGGUAGUAACAACAGGGCCUGUACACAUUCUUUACUGCUGGUGCAGACGUCCAGAGUUGCAACAUCUGAAUCUCCAAAGGUACGUCUUCCCACUGAGUUUGAUGAAGAAGAGUUGCCUCCAUAUGAGGUGGUGGAGUCAAGGGAUCAGCUGGAAGGGGCAAAUGGCUCUGAUAGUGGUGAUGAGUCUGAUACAGAGAACUCAUCCAGUACUGAUGCUCAUAGCUAUAAUGCUGGUGAUUUUGGCGAUGAAGGUGCUGAGAGUGUGCCGAUGGUUGAAAUAAGGGUCAGUCGAAGUGAUAAUCAACAGCCUUUAAUCGUGCAGUCUCAGCUGCCUAGUUCAUCGCAAACUUCUAGUAGUCAAAAUCGUUCCCAGCACGGGUCAUCCCAGAGAAGCUCUGAUUUUAACACAAGCAGAGGUGCAGGUGCUAUGAUAGUUAGAAAAGAUUCAAAUAGAUCAAACAGACCUGUUCUCAGUUAUGUUAAUACACAGUCUAUAGAUGAGUUAGGAGAUUAUGAACACUUGCUCUCUGUAUCACCUGAGGUUUGUGCUAUAACAGGAGAAAGCCCUGAGUCAGUUCAGGGAGCUGAAGGGGAAGAGCACCAUGUUGUCAAUGAAAAUUUUUAUGAAAAUGGACCCUGUUAUGAAAAUGUAAAAUGCUUAGGGCAGUCACAGAAUGAAACAGGUAUGAAUUUUUUGUCCAAGUCAUCACCAUCAAAUUUGGCAACUUCAAGUCCAGUUUCAUCUCUGCAACAAAACGGCAAGAAAACCAGCAAUAAUAUCUCAGGUCCAUCUCGUAAAGUAUCUGUUCAGAUUAUUUCCCGAUCUUCUCCCACCCAAAAUACUUCCCCACAUUCUCCGCAAACCAACUUCGGGUCCACCCUUUCAGCUUUUAGACCCGUAGGUGCUGUUGCCUCUGGCCUGGCUUCCCAUAGCAUUUGUUCACCUUCCCACCAAAGUAGAUCACCGCAGCAGUCCAAUGAAAAAUUAGCUUCCAGUAAUAACUUGACGUCGAAGCACAAGCCAGGUGGCUGUUCUCCUCCAGCGUACAGUAAUGAACUUCAGACUUGCUCUGGUCAUCCCAUCAAUUAUCUAGAACAAGGAGCUGUACCAAAAUCAACAAGACCCAAGGAGACCACACAUAAAACCAGAGAUAGUUUAAAUCUUUCUUGGAAAAAUAUACCACUGCCUUUAUCUUAUAAUCACUCUGAAAGUGUUUCAAACGAGCAUGAAAAAGUAUUACCUCCCAAAACAAUCCCAUUUGCCGAAUCAAAGACAAACAUUUCAAAAUUGUCUUCUCAAGAAAGCACGUCUUCCAAAUUGUCUCCGAGAGUUUACCCGUUAUCCAUUUUAAACUCACUAUCUUCUACAACAGAAGCUUCAGCAUCAAACUCUCCUGAGGAUGCUGAAGCAGCUGCACCUCAAUCAAAACCUUCUGCUGCAAGCAAUCCUACAGAUACAACACCCAACUCAAAAGUUAAUAACAGCAACAACUUGACAUCUUCUGUGAGAGAAGCUAGCACACAGGCCACCAGCAAUCUCUCGUCUCGCUGGCAUUCUCACAGAAUGGGAGGCAACCAGUCUUUGCUGCAAACACGACGAGAAGAAAUACAGAACUCUCAUUUGUCUAGAAGAGCAGUAGAAGCAUCUUCACGAAGUGGGAGACCCUCGAGUAUGCCAUUAUCUGUCGGUCGCAGUGGUAUCAGUCAUGGGAUAUCGGCGCUCGCACCUUCGCUUGACGGGCAGAGCAGAAGUGAAAAUUCCGACUCUGCUCAUCCUCUGUCUCUAAGAUCUUAUCUUGUUAACCAGCAAAUGUCUCAGUCGCUGGCCCUGCGACAAAACCAUCUUGUGCAGCAUUAUCCUUUGCAGCCCCAGCAGCCGAGGCUGGGGGUUCAGCUGCACCAGAGGAGACAGCAGCAGCAUCAACUACAGCAGAAUAUAGAAUCACAGCAGCAACAACAGCUUCAACAACAACAGCAACAACAGCUUCACCAAGGGGCUCAGCAACCACAACAAGCCAGAAAUGGAAGACCUUUGUUUUCAGUUCUAUUAUAACAUGGAACUUUAAAAAAAUUUAACUCUUAAACGAGACAAAACAAUUUUUAUUUUUUAAUAUAUUCAGUUGCUUUUUCAAUACUCAAAAUGAAUUUUAACUGUUAAAAUUUAAAAGUAUUUAUCUUCAAUAAGCUAUAAUCACAAACAUAUUACUUUUCUAAAA